GCAACUGCUGUUUCUCUGCUGAUAUGUGACAUCCAUCCCGCCUGCAGUCUGCUGAAUCAGACUACCCGGGUUGGAGCCCACCGCCUCAGUUUCACAUAGGCAGGGUAACCUCAGUGAUCCAACAUCCAGGAUGUUGGACAACAACGAAGAGUUCACGUUAGAGACUUCUCCACGGGAACUCACCCAAAACCCGCUCCAGAAGAUCUGGAUGCCGUGCAAAAACGGCCAUAUAUCUCAGAGACGGGUGUGUAUGACAAACCGCCCGACCCUCAUUGUGACUGUUGGACUUCCAGCUCGUGGGAAGACUUACAUUUCGAAGAAGCUCACUCGCUAUUUAAACUGGAUUGGUGUCCCAACAAAAGAGUUCAAUGUUGGCCAGUACCGGAGGGAGUGUCUGAAGAUCUACAAGUCCUUUGAGUUCUUCCGUCCAGAUAAUGAAGAGGGAUUAAAAAUCAGACGUCAGUGUGCGUUGGCAGCACUUAAUGAUGUCCGGCAGUACCUGAGUGUCGAAGGAGGACAGGUGGCGGUGUUUGAUGCCACAAAUACGACAAGAGAAAGAAGAGGAACUAUUGUCAAGUUUGCUGAACAGAAUGGGUUCAAGGUAUUUUUUGUGGAGUCUGUGUGUGAGGACCCAGAUGUCAUUGCACAAAAUAUAGUGCAAGUUAAGUUAGGCAGUCCAGACUACAUCCACUGCAACACAGAGGAGGUCAUUGAGGACUUUAUGAACAGGAUCAAGUGUUACGAGUCCUCCUAUCAGCCUCUGGACGAGGUCCUGGACAGGGAUCUGUCCUACAUAAAGAUCAUUGAUGUGGGCUGUCGUUACCUGGUGAACCGCGUCCUUGACCACAUCCAAAGCCGAAUCGUCUAUUACCUGAUGAACAUCCACAUCACGCCACGCUCCAUCUACCUGUGUCGCCACGGCGAGAGCGACCUCAACAUCAAGGGACGCAUUGGAGGAGACUCUGGCUUAUCCCCCAGAGGAAAAGAGUAUGCCAAAAGUCUGAUGAAAUUCAUCCAGGACCAGAACAUCAACGAUCUAAAAGUGUGGACCAGCCAGAUGAAGAGGACAAUCCAGACAGCGGAGGGCCUGGGAGUACCGUACGAACAGUGGAAGUCCCUCAACGAAAUUGAUGCUGGCGUUUGUGAGGAAAUGAUGUAUGAGGAGAUUCAAGAGCAUUUCCCUCUGGAGUUUGCACUGAGAGACCAAGACAAGUACCGCUACCGCUAUCCUAAAGGAGAGUCUUAUGAAGACCUGGUGCAGCGACUGGAGCCAGUGAUCAUGGAGUUGGAGAGACAGGAGAAUGUUCUGGUGGUUUGUCACCAGGCCGUCAUGCGUUGUCUUCUUGCAUAUUUCCUGGACAAGACUGCAGAUGAGUUGCCUUAUCUUAAGUGCCCUUUGCACACGGUAUUAAAGUUGACUCCCAUGGCUUACGGAUGUAAAGUGGAGUCUGUCUAUUUAGGCGUGGACUCUGUGAACACACACAGAGACCGACCAGAGGUAGGUAUCCUAGGUAGCACACAGAAAUGUCUCUCAGCAGACGACAUAGACAACUUCAAUCCACCUCAGGGGUGAUUCACCUCACUGCGGUUUCCUCCGGUUCAUCUGUUACCGGGGACUCCAUUGGAUUUGGGAGAAUCUUUAAACUGUGAAAGCUGUGUGUGACUUUCUUUAAUGAUUUCUAGAGAGGCACAUUGUAUGUGUUCUGUCGUAUUAAGUGUGUGUGUCCCUCCUAAAGCCGUCCUCGCAGUCGGUGCUGAUCCGUCCCUCUCUCCUUAUCGCACAGAGAAUGUAAAUCUUUCACACAUGGCAGAAGAAACUGUGUUCACACUCCGUCCACCAGUGAUCCCUGACCGCAAUCAAGACAGCUGUGACAUUGACACUGCUACCUCUGUCCUGUCAGCAUUUACUUUUUAGGUCCGAGCUGAAUUUUUAUUGCAUUUUUUCUAAAUCGGCCCUGAGAGCUCAAUGCGCUGCGACUGAAGUGGAAAUGAGACAAAAUUCUGCAAAGUAAGAAAACACAACCAAAUACAGAAACUCUGCAAAUCACACAGAACACAAUGAAAAUGAAUAAAACAAAAAAAACUGUUAUAUUCACUUAAUAGAAAUAAACAAAUGUAUUUUGUCUUAUUUUAUUUCUCAUUUAAACAUUAGCAUUGCAUGCAUUUUCUUGGUAAACUUAGAUUAACAGCAGAUCUGAAUCAUGCAACCCCAAUGUUGUGCCAAGAAAUGAUGCCAAUGCGGAAGUGCCUAAAACUGCAGUUCCUCACACGGCCACUUGAGGUUGGCUCCAAAAGUGAGUCAAUGUCUGUAGACCUGUAUGCUAAUCCUUCACUUUAGAGCAGAAAUAAACAUGUUCACAGCCUGGUACAAAAACAUGUUUUGUCUAUAUAUGUUGAUGGAGUGAAUAUUUAUAUUAUCCACCCGUUUCAUUUAAAUGAUGUCUUAAAUGUAGGCAUAAUUGAGGGCGUGGUCGCGUUAUGUGACAGGUGAGUUGUGUCGUCACUGCAAGAUGGCAACGGCAGGAGCCACACACUUUGAUUUGCUUUUCAGAAACUUCUGUGUGACGAUACUGAGACUUCGUCCAUAUUCUAUGCACAGUCUACGGUUUCCACUAGUUGCAGUGCAUUGACAUUUCAGGGCCACUGCAUUUCAUUCCAUUUCACAUCUUUGUAGGAACUCUAUAACUGGAAUCCAGAGACGGAAAAAAUUACUUGUGUGUGUCCAUGUGUGUACACUUGUGCAUCUAUAUUUGUUUUUGUUCAAUUUGACUUAAACCUUUGGAGUGAGGACAUUUUUUAGGUCAUUUGAGCUGGACCUUCAAAGUGUGUGUUUCUGAAUAAAUAGUAAAUGAAGGAGGGAAAUGGCAAUAAGCACAUGACAUUAGUAUUGUUUUAAAAUCUGUCUUUAAAUACUGUCUAGGAUUUAACAUUGUUAUUUUUCACAUAAUGAAUGUUACCUUAAUUCUAUUAUCGUAAAGUCAGUUUAUUUUAUACAUUAUGUAUGCAAGUGACAAAUACAUUUAACCUCAACAUACAUGUUUAUGCAUAUGAAUUUAAUUAAAAUGUCAUUUUCAUUCUCGUAAUAUUUCUUUUUAAUAACUCUUGUUUCCUGCUUAAAUGUUAAGUCUUAAUCAGCAAUGGCCCCCAAAGGUUUGAUCACUAAACCUCCACUUGAAUCCAAAUGUUUGCUGCUUUAAUACAAAAUCAUCACUAAUAGUGUAAACCGGUAGUUGGAGAACACACAUGCUUGAAUCAUUUCAUCAAGUGUAACCUUGUUGUCUUUGUGAAGGUCAUUGUAAAUAUAAAAAUUUUAAAUUGGAAAAAAAUCA